CUUUUAUUUUUAUUUCCAGCAGAUCUUUACUCUGUCUGCAAGUUUAUGCUACUUCCAUCACUCUUAUUCCCUCUUUUUUUAAAUAAAAGAAAUAUGUAUUGCCUCACUAAUCAAAUGAAGAUUUGAGUAGUUUUGGGGUUGUAUAUCAAUCAAACAUUACAAAUAUACAAAAGCAAAUGGAAAAAUAUCUUUUUUUUGCUGUUAGUAAAAUUUUGAUUUUUUUUUUUUUUUUUGUGUGUUUUUGCAAAUAUUCUUGGGUUAUUGUAGUUGAAGUGCUUUACUUUACCCACUGUCCACAAGCAUAGAUUCUUUAUGUGCAUUACAAACUAGAGAGACUGGUGGCUGGGUCGUUCAUUUUAUGCAUUGAUGUGCUUUGAUCUGUUGUGGAUUCUUUGCUCACAAAAGAGUGCCCGCUUUUCCUUUUGUCACUUUCUUUAUCUCUUCUUUUCUUGGGUGCCUUUCUCUUUCUUAUAAUUUUUUGAAGGUCUCAAGCAGUGCUCAAAUUGUGUAAGCAGUGCUCUUCUCAAUCAUUGCAACAAGUGGUCUGCACAGUAUAGUCAUUUUUGUGGAAAAAUAAAAUGAACUUCAAUAGCUCCACUAUGGGUUCUGGUAGUAGAACUACUAGAAGAACAUUUGAGUUUGGAAGGACCCAUGUGGUCAGGCCAAAAGGGAAGCAUCAGGCCACUAUAGUUUGGCUACAUGGCCUUGGUGACAAAGGUUCAAGCUGGUCCCAGAUCUUGGAGACCUUGCCUCUUCCAAAUAUCAAAUGGAUUUGCCCAACAGCUCCUACUCGACCUGUAGCAUUACUUGGUGGAUUUCCAUGCACUGCUUGGUUUGAUGUAGGAGAGAUUUCAGAAGACACUCCUGAUGAUUUGGAAGGUUUGGAUGCUUCGGCAGCUCAUGUUGCAAAUCUGUUAUCAACAGAGCCUGCCAACAUCAAACUCGGUGUUGGAGGCUUCAGUAUGGGUGCUGCAGUAGCUGUCUACUCUGCAACAUGUCGGGUUUUAGGGCAAUAUGGGAAUGGGAACCCAUACCAAGUCACUCUAAGUGCAAUUGUUGGACUAAGUGGCUGGCUUCCAUGUUCAAGGACCUUGAUGAACCAAAUGGAACGAUCACAUGAGGCUGCAAGGCGCGCAGCAACCUUGCCUAUUUUGCUCUGUCAUGGAUUAGGUGAUGAUGUGGUUGCGUAUAAACAUGGAGAGAAAUCUGCACAGACCUUAAGUGCAGCAGGAUUUCGGAAUCUUACAUUUAGAACCUAUAAUGGGCUUGGCCACUACACCAUCCCUGAAGAGACCGAUGAAGUUUGUAAUUGGCUAACUGCAAGGUUGAUGCUUGACGGGUCCAGGUCGUAAUUGCGGGAAAGCUGGUGAGGAAGCAUAUUAAGGAAUAGAAAAGGCAGUAUAGAGUGGGUGUUGGUAUGGGGUAUAUGGUAUAGCACAAAUCUGUCCUUCCACUUAUUAUUCCCUGUUGAUCUCUCUCUCUUUUUUUUUUUUCUUUCCUCCCUAAAAUAAAUCUUUUAGUAUUGGCUCAAGUCUGGUAUUUGUUUAGUUGGCUACUUGGAGAAGGUAUUGGUUUUCCCCUUUUCUCUCUAUUUUUAAUUUCUAGGGUUUGGGUUAGUUAACGCUCUCUACGGAGAGUUUUGGUGUUUGGGAGAUGAUGUAAUUGAGAAUAUUUUCCUUUCUUUAAGGUUGCUGAAGAUUGGAUGUCUUUUUAAGUGCAUUAGUAGAAUGCUGGAUGCUGGUGGAUUCGUUUCACAUCC